AUGUUCACGACCGCUUUCACGCUUGCGCUUCUCCCUCUCGUCGCGGUCGCUUCGCCGCAAAUCUACGGCAAUCCUGGUCCAGCCCAGACCACCAGUGCUGCUGCUGCCCCCUCCGCUCCUCCGAGCACAUCUUCGCAGAUCAACGUUAACGUUGCAGCUGGUGGCCAAUUCGUUUACGACCAGACGAACAUCUCCGCCCCCAAUGGCACGCUGAUCACGUUCUUCUUCCCUGGUGGUUCUAUCCCCCACUCCGUCACUCAGGGCGAUUUCAACAACCCGUGCCAGCCGCUUCAGGGCGGAUUUGACUCUGGCCUGCAGAGCGCCGGCGUCCAGUUCACUCUCAACGUCACCAACGACCAAGAACCCGUCUACUUUUUCUGCAAGUCACCCACGCACUGCGGUCUCGGCAUGGUUGGGUACGCCAUGGCCCGUACUCUCCCUGCCAUCAACGCUCCCACGUCGGGCAACACUGCCCAGGCGUGGCAGUCGGCGGCGGUCAAGGUCGGCUCGUCAGAGAAGACGAUCCAGGACAACGGCUUUGUCUCUGGCGGCGUCGGCGCGAUUGCGACGGCGGCCCCUACCAGCUCCUCAGGCUCGACGGGAGGCUCGUCAGCUGCGUUGUCGCUCGGUGUUUCUGGCGCGCUCGGCGCGCUCGCGCUCGCGGGCGCGACCUCUGUCAUGAUGCUUUUCGCGUGA